AUGUCUGAGGUUAUUUAUGACAAUGUGAUCAGAACUGAGACUCUGGACAGAGAAGAGACAAUAGAGAUGAUGGUGGACAUCUAUGAAAGUUCAGAAUAUGCAAGAAAUCCUGAACACAUGAUAAACACAGAGAGACACCAAGAGCUUCAACACACAGGAAGUGUUUCAGUGAAGAACAGAAGACACAGAGCAGUUCAAGUGUGUUUGUGGUUGUUGUGUGUUCUUCUGUUGACUGCUGUAAUAGUGCUCUGUGUGUAUUUCACCACUGACAGAAAACACUUACUAACACACAACUAUAACUUGACCAAAGAAAGAGAGACAUUACUUACCGAAUACACUGAGAUACUAAAUUUGAACAGAAACUUGACUGAAGAAAGAGAGCAAAUCAAAAACAAUGCUGAUGAAUUAUCAAAAAAAUUUAAUGCCUUACAAGAUCAGCACUCUGAUAACUUUAAAUGGAUUUACUACAACUUCAGUUUUUAUCACAUUUCAUCUAAUUCUGAGAGCUGGAGUAACAGCAGACGAGACUGUCGGCAGAGAGGAGCAGAUCUAGUGAUUAUAAACAGCAAAGAGGAACAAGAGUUUUUGCAGAAGAGUGCAUCGAAUCGUAAUUUUUAUUGGAUUGGUUUGAGUAAAGUGGAGGGAGUGUGGAAAUGGAUAGAUGAAACUUUUCUGGCUAUUUGA